AUGGCCUGCGCCAUAGGAGGUUGUUUUCUGGGAAUUUAUAUUUCGACCCCCCAGCUGCGGCCAGUUGAGGCCGACCCAGCCGACACAAGCACUCUUCUUGACAGCAGCAACCCGGCUCUGAGCCGCCGCGAGAAAUUCGGGAUGCCCACAAACCAUCCCUGGGUUUAUUUCUCCGAGCCCGACAAUGAGGUGUUGGUGCGUCCGGCGGAGUCUCAGGAAGGGUCUGUGGGUGUUUUGUCGCUGCCAGCGCGUUUGGGUUUGCGAAUAGACCCCGCAGCUACUGCUGCUGCUGCUGCUGCUGCUGCUGGCGCUGCUGCUGCUGCUGCUGCUGCAGCGCAGCAGCAGCAGCUGCUGCAGCAGCUGAAGGCGCUCGCAGACGACUGCGCGGCCUACGGAGUUCUGCUGCUGGGGGUCGAAAUCACCGACGCCAAAACCCUUUCUUUUAUUGCCAAAGUCCAAAACCCUGGACCUCUUCAAAUAAUUCAAGCAGUGAAGUGCAAAGUGACUUCGGAGGCUCAAACGGCUCUCGCUGCAGUCAGUCGUUCCUACACUUCCGAGAUUCUCCAGGGGCUCAAAAACCAGCCCGAGCUCUUCCAAACUCCCUAA